AUGGACCCAUUCACAGAACUGCGCAAGCACGCAGGAGGUGCGCACCCGCAGAAAGCAAAACUCAAUGUGGUAUUGGGUGCUACAAGUGACGUCAUUUAUGAACGUCGCGCCAGUGGUGAUCGUCAGACUCCUAUCUCACCAACCGAGUACUUUGCUGCGCUGAUGACGGCACUAGACGCCGCAUCAGAUUCCCAUCGCCAGGAGGUUACGCAACUACUUUCGAUGGUAUUACCAGAGGUACCAGAGGCUGUGCUUCGAUUAAAGUUUACCGCUGUGGCCAAAUGCCUUACCACAGUUUUGCAAGAGGCGGGUGACGACGCUGCACUGCUGCGUUCGGCCAGUGCUUGUCUGGCCUUGGCUCUGCUUGCUCAAGAGCCUUCAACUACUGCAUGGGGACACCCCGACCUGCUAAGAAGCUUUCAGCUACUCUUUACGCUGGCAAUGGAUUCACGACAUAAGGUGCGCAAGGCUGGCCACAAGUGGACUAUGGACAUUCUAGAGCUGCACAGUGCCAAGAACUGCGACAUCCUCUCCACACAUAUUGCCAGUUUUGCAGAAAACGUUUUUUCCAGUUGUAAAGUCGGAGGUCAUGACGACCAAAGACUUGUGCUGCUUGUUGCCUUUCUUAAAUCGGCACUACCGUUGCUUCAGCGUAAAGUCGUGGCUUCACUCGUUGUGACGCUCGCUCCAUUCCUCGACGCUAGCUCAAAGACACUGCGUCUUGUAACGUAUGAGGCCCUCGAUGCGUUGAGUACAGCCCCAGAGGCACAGCUAGCUGCGGAUACCCUUCAAAAGCUCGUGGUAGCUGUCCUUGACGCUCAAAGCAGUAGCGCUCUGGAUAGUCAGGGAGGCUCCAUAGCCGUUUAUGCUGUGCGUAUACCCUCUGAAGCACUUCGUCGUCUAGCUGCUGUGAAUGGGGAGGCGACUCACGAGCUCUUACCGCGUGUUGUGGGUGCUAUAUGCUCUCAUAUUGCCACUGAUAACGACCGUGUCCAGGGCCAGGCGACUCGCUCAUUGCUGAGUGUACUAAAAGCUACAUUGAACUCCGAGAUGCUUGAGACUAAAGACGAAAAUGUCGUACGCGUACUGGCUUCCCUUCAGAGUCUGACCUCGCUUCACUUUCAAAGUGCAUGGGGCCACACUUUUCCGCUUCUUGCGGAACUAUUUCGCUUUUACGGUAAAGCAUGUCGUCCAGCGUUUGAGCCCAUUAUUUUAACUUGCUGCGAGCUUCACGAGGCGGCCGAUCAGCUUCCGCAGCAGCAACAAAAAGGAAAGAGCGCUCAGGCGCUGUCUCAAUUGUUCGCGUUGGCCGCUGGAGCUGCUGUAGAGGCCCUGGGUCCUCGUGCUUUCCUUGAAAUUGUUCCUAUCGACCAUCCGACCGAGAUUGUCAGUGAACAACGGGCGUGGCUUUUGCCGGUCUUUCGUGACGCGUUGCGUGCGGCUCAAUGUAAAAGCGAGCUCAGUUUCUUUUCUGAUGUUGUGCUGCCUAUGGCCUGUGCGUGCGAGGCCCGUGCACGUGAGACCAGCAUCACUCCGUUACAGGCUAAAAAUUUUCAAACUCGAACCAGUCAGUUAUGGAGUCUCUUCCCGAGUGUAUGUGCCAGUGCUGUGGAUAUUGACACACAUUUUAAAAAGAUUGCCAAGGUCCUCGCGAGCGCCAUGGCUGACAAGCGGUACCCGGAUCUGCGUCUUGCAGUCUGCCAGGGUCUCCAGGUCCUCAUGAAACGCACACGUGCUCUUCAGAAUUCAAUUGCACAUCGCUAUUACCGCGAGGCGCAAGAUAUUGAAGUAGAGAACGAUGGAAACGAAGAUGAAGAGGACAACGAUGAGGCGGGACGACUGGACGAGGCAAAGUUGGCGCGUGAUCGUGCUGCUUUGGCCAAAUUUUCAGGACGUUAUGUGCCGCUGCUACUCUCUUUCGCUGAAGAUCUGGACCCGGAAAAAGACGCGGAUCGAGCUCAAGUAUUGCUCGAUACACUUGAGGGUUUCUCCGCACUAGCUGAUGCACAACUCAUCGGCGCUUCUUUCAAAUUGGUAAUGCAGAAGCUGCUGAAGGCGACAACUGAAGCCAAGCGGGUGGAGGGCGAUGGUGCUGGUAUGAAUUCGAAGCGUUCAAAUAAGCUUCGACAAGUUUCACAUGCGCAAAUGGCUCUUGCGUUAGCUCUCUUGGCUCAUGUCGACGACGCCAACGUGGCGCUCUUAUACCGUGUAAUCAAGCCGUACUUACUAGAUGAUUCCGAUGCUUCUAUGCAGAAGCGUUCGUACGCUGCGUUAGUAGCUAUUUGCGACUCCCACCCAAAGUUCCUGUCCGAGGAGGUUCAACUUCAGGACAUGACGCGUGCAAUUUGCGAGUCACUGCUUACAUGCUCGGUGCCUGCUAAGAAGAUGCGCUUGCGGGUACUUGCUCACUUGAUCCGCGCAUUGCAGACUCAGCCUGCCGCUGAUACAUUGGCUGAGAAAGAGCUGGUUCCAAAUCUUGUUGGAGAGAUUAUGCUUUGUGCAAAGGAAGCUAACGGAAAGACUCGUGAGGCUGCUUUUGAGCUUUUAGUGGCCAUGGCCACGAUGCUGCGUGCGCGUGACCCACAGAACGGAAUCAUGGAGUAUAUUCAAAUGGUUUUAGGCGGUCUGGCUGCUCGCACACCUCACAUGCGUAGCGCUGCUGUGAUUUGCCUUAGCCGAUUGGUAUUUGAAUUUGGUCGUGAGGAUGCAGCCAUAGCCCAAGCUAUGCCGGCUUUACUGAAAACUGUGCUCAUGUUGCUUCACGAAAAGGCUCGUGAAGUGAUUAAAAGUGUUAUUGGCUUCAUGAAGCUGGGAAUUGCUGUGUUACCAAAAGACCAACUUGAACAAUUCCUUCCUGAUAUUAUCAAUGGUCUACUGAUCUGGAUCGGCGAGAGCAAGAACCGGUUUCGUGCAAAAACUCGCAUUAUUCUGAUAAAGCUCUGUCGCAAGUUUGGCUACGAACACGUUGCCGCUUUGAUGCCUGUGGAGGAUCGCGCUCUGAUCCGUCAUAUCAAGAAGACCAAGGAACGCGAUGACAAGAAGAAGUCGGAGCUCUCGGUCAAGGCUGCAGAGCGCCGUGCCGCUAAGAAGAACCACGAUAGUUUCGGGGAGUUUAUGGCUGACUUGGACGAUGAAAACGAUGUUGAAACCGCGGUAAUGCAAGUGUUUAAACGUAAAAGGGAUCUUCACAAGAAGCACAAAGGCGGAAAGGUCAUCCGUGAGGACGAAGACGAUAUAGUGGAUUUUCUAGAUGAUAACGCUGCAGUAAAAAAUGUCAUUUCGGCACAAAGAGGCGGACUUGAUGAUGAGAGUUUUGAAGAUUUUCAGACGAGCAAAGAUGGACGUUUGAUCAUUCCUGGAGAAGACGACAACAUGGAUGGAUUCAGCGGAAGUGAUGAUGAAAACAAGAUAAAGCAGGAUGUUGUAUCUCAGCUUCAGCGCAUGGGACUUCACCCAAAUGGUAAAAACGUCAAGGGUGGCCGAACAAAGCGGAAAAGGGACGAGGACGGCUCAAAUGGUCGAGAAUACCGUGCAAAGAAGGCAGGUGGUGAUAUAAAGAAGAAGGGCAAGCUUGAGCCUUAUGCUUAUAUUCCGCUGGACCCCAAACUCAUGGCCAAGCGCAACAAGCGGGAGGCUGUGACGCGUUAUGGCGGCAGUGUAGGCAAGAGGCGGGGCAAAAAAUAA